ACUGGCCCCCCGAGCCAGGAAAAAAAAACAGGCCUCGUCGAUUCUGUGGGCCGGAGCCAUUGGGUUCGAAAAGCCCUGGCUUCCCUUUCACGGCCGCCCUAGCUUCCCCACACUGAGCUCCUUCGCCGCCGCCCUAGCUUUCCCGCGAGCGGGACGGUAGCCGCCGUAUCCUCCUUCCUCCAACACCGAGCGGGUCCAGGCAGGCAGCAUCCUCGCGCCCUGUCGUGUCGCCUCUGCCUCUGAGUUCAGCUCGCCGGCAGCCGCCGCCCGCAAUGGAGGCCCUCCGGAAAGCGGAGGCGGAGCUCACGGUGUAUGUGGACCGUUUUGAUGGCGUGUUGCUGAUGCAUGAAGUUUCAUUCCUUAUUGGCAAAGACAAAGAGGGCAAACCCAUAUAUGAAAGGAGUGACCGUAAUGAUCAAAUUGCUGAACCCGUUUCUUAUGGCAAAAUCAUGAAUGGCUUGGUGCCAUAUUUCAGCGUCCAAGUGCAUGCCACCCUGCUGCUGUUCUCUCCCCAGCCGGACAUGAUCCUGGAAGGGAUGGUUGAAAUGAUUGGGAAGGAGUCAAUUCAUGCCAUUGUAUUAGGGGUUUUCUCAGUGGCAAUUAUGUCUGAAGAUAUUAAGUUCAAAUUCAAAUGGAAAAGUGAUGGAGGGAAAUUUGUGAGCCUCACAGAUAAAAAACAUGUGAUUGAAAGAGGAACAAUGAUAAGGUUUUCUGUCAAAAGGGUGGAUACAGAAAUGAGUUGUCAUAUUACUGGAUCUUUAAUCCCACCUCACACUGGAUGCAUGCGUUGGUUGUCAGUACAUGAUCCUAAAUAUGCAUCAGAACUCAAAAGUGGUGAAAGUAGAUCAAGGGAUACAAGCAUCAAAAUUGAGCAGAAUGAACAAGAACAUAGAAUACUCAAGAAUGAAGAUGGUAUGGUGAAAUCUGAACGGCCAUAUAAAUCCCGAAAGAGGGGGCGACACAUUGAGAAAUGACAUUUCAUUGAGGCCGUGAAGAUACAAGAAUGUGGAAGUCAUGUUCGCUUCAAUGGUUCUGCUGCCUAUUUAUGUUUCUUGUGGGGGGGAGAAGGUGCCUCCAGUUGGAGAUCCCGGUAGCUUCAUAGAAAUGUACGAUGAUUUUUGUAAAACGAAUGGAGGGUUGCAUUUGCAAAUUAUCACCUUUUUUGACAAGAUAGUAGUAACUGAUCUCACCGAAGGGGUUUAUUGGCAAAUGGCAAGUCCCAUGUUUCAAUUAUAACCCGGGCCUCUGUUGUGUCCUAUAUCCUGUAAAAGGCCUUUCCUUUUGAAGCAUAACUGAAAGAGUUGCACACC